AUGUUUGGAAUAGAAAAACAGACUAACGCCGAGUUGUUUAGCCAAAGCAUUGGGCAUUUUGCACAGGAAGAGCUCCAAACUAAAGGGUUAAUAUUUUUGGGACGGAACCUUUCUACCCAAGCCUCCCUCAGUAUCUUAAAAAAACUAGCAUGGAGACGAGGCUGCAAAUCCACGCUGAGCUCUUAA